AUGAGUUUAAUAGUGUUGUUUGGAUUAUUCGUUUUUGGUCAUUGUGAUUAAAAGGAAACAGGAUUACAGAAAGUAAAAGUGUAAGUAGCAACUGUUUUGGAUGGAUAUUAUAAAGAAUUUGAUGGAGUAAUGUGUUAUUCAGAGAAAUAUAAUUAAUUUGUUAUAUAUCAUGAGAGAUCAAAAGCUAAAAGUAAAUAGAGAAUAAUAAAGUAAUAGAUUUAAAGGAAUUGUUUCCUGAGAGAGAUUUUUUUUUAUAAUUUGGAAUGAAUGGAAAUGCAGUGGGGUUAAGUUUAUAGAAUUUUUUACCCAAGGUGAUAAUAAAUGAAGAUUAAUAUAAGAGUGUAGUAUUGACUGUAAAACCUGAGGUGAAGAAAGGUAAGUAGUUUAGGUAAUAAAUUAGGAACAACUUUGAAAAUAGGAUUUUUAGAAGCAGAUUAUGAAGGAGAAUAGGAGAGAUUUAUUGAUAUAUUGGAGAAUGGAAUAGAUAAUUAUAAAGAAAUAAGUGAAACUUAAUUGAAUUAUGCAGCGAUGUAAUUUGAACAUAAAUUUAUAUAAUAUGUAAAGAAGAUGCAUGAUGAAUUGUGA